AUAUCUUCUGUGUAGGUGGUUAUGCCGCCCUUAUAAUCUUGGUUUCUACUUCACUGCUGUAUUCUACCAUGGAAUCAUUACAUAAUUACACACACAAGAAAAAAGUGAGAGAAAAGUUGGUCUUUCUAUUAGAAAAAUGAUAUACCAUGAUCAUAGCUUGCUCAGACCUUCUGGCAGUCUGGCUCCUCUUGGUUUGAGUCCUGUAGGUCAUAUCUACCAAACCUAUCAAGCAUAUCCUUGAAUGCUUGCCGACCAGGUCCUUCGAACAACAGUUUUCAUGUAAAAUGCAAUUAAUUUCAUCUGGUUAAAAAUUGUGAAUUCAAUAUUUUAUGUGCGUAAUGCUACUGUGACAUAUGGGUACAUUAUCAUAAGCUUUGAAUCCAUUCUUCCUUGUGUCACAAAUCUCAACUUGGCUUCUUGCAAAGUAAUAUUCUAAAUCAAGAUGACAACCUUGUUCCUGGUGCUUGCUUGAUGAAAAAGUCUAAUACUUUAGUUUGUGUACUGUAAUUGGGUUGUCACUGCACAAGGUAUAACUCAUUGAGCAACGGUUUGAAUUAUUUUAUUGUAUCAUUAUUAUAAUGGUGAUCAUUGUCAACUUCACCUAGGCGACAUUUAUUGAAAAUUUAAAAUGAUCACCCACUACUUGGCCCGCUUUAGCCCACCACCUAGAAACAAAGGCAGAGAGAGAUAGACAGGAGGAAGGGAGAGAUGAAAGAAAACUCCCAAUUCAUAGUUUUCAUCACCAUCACCAUCACCAUUUUUGGCUUAACAGCCAUAGUGAAUUCCCAAACAGAUUCCUGCAGCUCAAGUCUAAACCUCCAGAAUGUCAAUCUGCCCUUUGAUGCAGCUUCCCUCAACUGCCAUGCUGUUUGGGAUUCUCAGAGUUACAUCCUCAGAUACUCACAGACCACACCAGGAACAUGGACCUUUGUUCUCUCAGCACCCGCAGCAAAUUCCUACAUAGCAAUGGGGUUCUCAAGCAAUGGCCAGAUGACAGGGUCCAGUGCGAUUGUGGGAUGGGUGUCCUCAACAGAGGGAGGAGUAAUUAAGCGGUACUACUUAGGUGGGACUUCAUCAGACCUUGUGGAGGUUGACAAAGGGAACCUAGUUCUUACCAACUUCUCCUUCAUCACAAAUCAGUCUUCCACGGUAUACAUGGGGUUCCAGUUGGUGGCUGACCAACCACAAAGUAGGCUCAUAUACUCAGUUGGCCCAACUGGGUUGCUUCCUGUUGCACCUAACUACAGGUUGACAGAGCACUUUGACAAGGUCUCCACCACCAUAAAUUACAUUACAGGUCAAACAUCGAGCACAGGAAGUCCAUAUACAAGAUUAAGAAGGAGCCACGGAGCACUGAAUAUGCUUGGAUGGGGCAUUCUGAUGAUAAUUGGAAUAAUAGUUGCUCGUCACUUAAAGUCCUAUGAUCCACUUUGGUUUUACCUUCAUAUUGGCAUCCAAUCAUUCGCAUUUGUGUUUGGAAUAAUUGGUGUCAUUUGUGGAUUUGUCUUAGAAAAUAAGACUAAUGCUGAUGUCUCCGCCCACAAAGCUCUUGGUAUCUUCAUUCUUGUGCUUGGAUGUCUUCAGGUGAUGGCAUUUUUGGCUCGACCAAAUAAGGUAUCGAAAGCACGAAAAUACUGGAAUUGGUACCAUCAAAGCGUGGGAAGGCUUCUGAUUAUUCUUGCAGUUGCAAAUGUUUUCUACGGAAUCCAUUUGGGAGAUGAAGGAACGGGAUGGAAUGCUGGAUAUGGAGCUGUUCUUGCUAUCUUGGUUGUUAUUGCUGUUAUUCUCGAAUUAAAAUUGUGGUUUAGAAAAUAAGAGUAGUGUUCAUGUGCUAUACUCUCUCUUUUGUAUUGACGUUAUUUAAUAACAAGCAUCCUUAUUCAUUCA